CUGCCUUGUGACGUCAUUUGGAAGCACGUCGACGGAGAAAAGAAGGGAGCCGAACGCUAAUAAGUCAGUCUUGUUACUUUUUCUCCAGUUUGUAAAUAUUCACGUCGUAUAAAAUACAUCUUUGAGGCUUUAUUUAGGGAUAAGAUCUUCUCGGUGCGCGAGAAGCAUUUUGCCGCGUUUCGUGCUGACUUAGCUUAGCUCGCUAGUUAGCUUAGCUUGUUAGCUGCUAACAAAGACGCAGAAGUUGUCAACACAUCGCUAAAUAGAGAUUAAGUGUGAGUGUCAAAGUGUUGGCAUUGUGUGAAAAUGAGUAAAUUACACAUGUUGAGAGAGUUGGUGGAUCAGCGACUAACUGCUGCCGCCCAAGAAAUAUUUGUAGUGUUAGAAAGAACGAUAGCAGAAUACGAGGCGGAACUUUCUAGAACAAAGGAGGAGAAUAAUCAACUACUGGACGCUGUCUUCAAGAAACAUCAAGUUGUGCUGCACAGAACAGACGUCGCUGAUGAACAUCUUGUCCACCUGCGGGAGGAAGAACCACCACCCUUGUGCAUAAAAGAGGAAGAAGAGGUACCACAGCCCCCGAACAUUAAAGAGGAAGUGGAGGAACACGGCAUCAGUCAGGAGGGAGAACAUAUUGAAGGACGGGCGGAGUCCCCAGCGACUGGUGUCCCUGUGAAGGGUGAAGAUGACGAGGUCAAAGGUGAAAGUGAGGAGAAGAGAGAGGCGGAGCCUCCAACUCAACACAUGACAACAGAAGCCGAUGGAGACCACUGUGGAGGAUCACAAGCAGACAAGAUCUCAUCUCCACCAUCAGAUAGUGAAGACACCACGCCACACUCUUCUAAAACUGAUGGUGAGGACACGUCUUACUCUCCUGACACUGAUGAUGAAGACUCUACAGACGACAAGACAUGGGACCCGGACAGCCCUCCCUGGAAAUGUCCUCACUGUGACAAAAGUUUUGGCCUCAAAAAGUCCCUAAACAGACACAUGAAAAAUCACACCGGAGAGAAACUGUUCCCGUGCUCGGCGUGCAGUCAAGUAUUCAGCGUAAAAGCAGACCUGAUAAAACACGCCAUAAUACACACUCAAGAGAAACAUUUAUCUUGUUCAUUGUGCGGCGUACUUUUCUCACGGAGAGAAACCUUGAAAAGACACAUGAGAAGGCAUCCUGGAGUGAAACUAUUUUUCUGUUCGGUGUGUGGGGCGGGCUUUUUUAAAAAGGACACUUUGAACAAGCACAUGACAACACACACGGGAGAAAAACCUUUUUCCUGCGCAACCUGCGGCAAACGUUUUUCAAGGAAGGACAGUUUGAAAGACCACACAAGGAGACACACCGGGGAAAAACCUUUUUCCUGCGCAACCUGUGGCUUAUGUGUGUCCCGGAGGGACCGAUUGAAAGAGCACACCAGAACGCACACCGGAGAAAAACCCUUUUCCUGUUCUGUGUGUGAUUCCAAUUUCAGCCGUAGGGAUUAUUUGAAAGUCCACAUGAGAAUGCACACCGGCGAAAAACCGUUCUCCUGUACAACCUGUGGUCUGAGUUUUACAAAGGGGAGCAGUUUGAAAUAUCACACAAGAAUACACACUGGGGGGAAAGUGCUGAGUUGCAGUGUGUGCGACGAAACAUUCUAUCACCAGAACCAACUCCACAAUCACCAGUGUGCUGGCAGUAAAAUAGAAAAGCGCACCGCGUACCUCCACCAGGAUCCAGAUGCUGAUCAGGACCAACACCGAAAUGUGAUCACUUGUUCCUUAACCAAUUUCUGACAUGUCCUGGCACUGAUAUUCAACCAGACUUGAGUUUUAUUUUGUUAUAACGCAAACUGCCUACCUUACAGUCAAAGUUCCUUUUAGUUACUUUUCACUUCAAAAUCAAACUUGAAAAUAUGUAAAAUAGUCCUGCACCUGGCAGCUGCGGUCAAUCCUCCGGCAAUCGGCACACCUGAAGUUGAUCAGAGGUUCUGCCUUCAAAAGCCUGCACAACCUGCUUUUCCGGGCUGGAACGUAGUCUUCUGUUCAAGUACACUACCCCUUCGUUCCCAAAUUUCCAGCUGUGCGCCUCGUCUCAGCCCGCCUUUCCUCUGCUUCCCUGACUGCCUCUUGGAUCUCGACCUCCCGCUUGGACACAGACCUUUUUCGGCUCGCCAUACUUCCUGUCUGCUCACGGGCCUCCGAGCUAUGCCUUGUCCCUCCUGAUCUUCCGCCUCUCGCUCAACACUACUGGUAACACUCAACAGCUAAUCUCCACACCCAUAUAUAUAUAUAUGGUUAACCCCUUAACUACUGUUACCCCAGGUGGCCCUUGGCAAAGGCCUAGUACCUUGCUGCCCCCUAGCCAGGGAUACAGUGAAGACCUCAAUGGUGGAGCAGGCGAAAGACGGUAGAUGUAUGAACCACCGUACAACCAUGUGGAGUGUCACAACGGCUGCGGUGGCGGAUGAAAGCUGCAGAAGAAAAGGGUCCCCCGUCGCCUUAGACUCCAUGCCACUGGACCCUGACCCAGAUCUGUCAGGGAUCUGGUGGUGAGCGUGUGCACACCAGUCUCCCCACGUCAAACAAAGUCCCGCUCAGGCAUCCUCCAUAAAAGGAUACCCGCCUACCAGGAGGACCGUCAUACUCGCUUCAAGUGACCACCGAUGAUGGUAUCUAAUACAUCAUAAAGUUAAAUACAAUGCCCCCUUGUGGUCUGUGCUGUCUACUCCCCCCUUCACCCACACCCCUGUACACAAUGCUUUUUUAUGAUAGACAUUUUUGUUUGUACUAGCAAUUUUAAAUCAGUGCUGUAUCCUUUCCAUGUAACCUUGUAGAAUAAGAUCUGUUUUUUCAUAAAUAAUGCUCUGAAUCUUUGAGACGAUCAACAACAAACCAAGUCUAUUUUUUUAAUUGGUCAAUUGGUUCACUUGUCUCUGAUUGGCAAUCUGGGCACCCCCGUUCCAAGUUGCCAGUCGGGCUCCUUUUUAUGCCAGCCCUGCCCUUCUGUCAGUGCUUUAUCAUUGCUUGCCCUUGCUUCGUGAUCGUUGUUUCGCUUGCGCCUGUAUUGGCAGGUUUCCCGUGCACUCCCCAGCUGCACUGUUUCUACCUUGCUUUUCACGUAGAGUAAAGUGAACCACUGAACAUAACAUGAAUGUACAGUAUUUACCUUGGAGACUGGCUUUCUAUGGAUUCUCCUUCCAGCUGCUUCUUUGUCAUACAUACAGUUGUGAUCAAAAUUAUUCAACCCCCACACAAUUUUGGUCUUUUAGCAAGUUGGACAUUUAUUCCAUAUUUUGUUUAUAGUCAUAUCAAAUAAAGAUGUGUCAAAUAGACAAAUGCAACUUAAAUUCCAUUCAUCCAUCCAUCAUCUUCCGCUUAUCCCAGGUCGGGUCGCGGGGACAGCAGCCUAAGCAGGGAAGCCCAGACUUCCCUAUCUCCAGCCACUUCGUCUAGCUCUUCCCGGGGGAUCCCGAGGCGUUCCCAGGCCAGCCGGGAGACAUAGUCUUCCCAACGUGUCCUGGGUCUUCCCCGUGGCCUCCUACUAGCUGGACGUGCCCUAAACACAUCCCUAGGGAGGCGUUCGGGUGGCAUCCUGACCAGAUGCCCAAACCACCUGAUCUGGCUCCUCUCGAUGUGAAGGAGCAGCGGCUUUACUUUGAUUUCCUCCCGGAUGGCAGAGCUUCUCACCCUAUCUCCAAGGGAGAGACCCGCCACCCGGCGGAGGAAACUCAUUUCGGCCGCUUGUACCCGUGAUCUUAUCCUUUCGGUCAUGACCCAAAGCUCAUGACCAUAGGUGAGGAUGGGAACGUAGAUCGACCGGUAAAUUGAGAGCUUUGCCUUCCGGCUCAGCUCCUUCUUCACCACAACAGAUCGAUACAACGUCCGCAUUACUGAAGACGCCGCACCGAUCCGCCUGUCGAUUUCACGAUCCACUCUUCCCCCACUCGUGAACAAGACUCCUAGGUACUUGAACUCCUCCACUUGGGGCAGGGUCUCCUCCCCAACCCGGAGAUGGCACUCCACCCUUUUCCGGGCGAGAACCAUGGACUCGGACUUAAAUUGUAACACUGUAUUUUACAAAAUACCUAAAAAGGACAUUUUCUUAAUAUCUCAUUGACAAAAUGAUUGAACCCCCUAGUUCCAUGCGUCUUUAGUACUUAGUAGAACACCCUUUGGCAGUAAUGACAUCCUUCAAAGGUGAUACAUAAGCGGACACAAGCUUCUUGCAAGCAUCUACAGGUCUGGCGACUGUGAAGGCCACUCCAGAGUCUUCCAGCCCGUCUUCUGCAACCACUCUGAUGUUGAUUUGGAGGUAUGCUUGGAAUCCUUGUCCUGUUGGAAGGUCCAACGUCUCCCAAGCCUCAGCUUCCUCACUGACUUCAUGACAUUUGCAGCUAAUAUAUCCUGCUAGGAAAUACAAUUCAUAAUGCCUUGAACGCGAUGGAGAUUCCCGGUACCUGAGGCAGAGAAACAGCCCCAGAGCAUGAUUGACCCCCCACCAUGCUUAACAGUAGGCAAGGUGUUCUUCUCUUUGUAAGCUUCAUUUUUUCUCCUCCAGACAUAACGUUGAUUCAUAGGCCUAAAGAGUUCCACUUUGGUCUCAUCACUCCAUAGAACAGUUUCCCAAAACUUUUGGGGUUUGUCCAGAUGAUUUUUGGCAUACUGGAGUCUAUUUUUCUUGUGCCUGGUAGUCAGAAGUGGGGUGCGCCUGGGAGUUCUAGCAUGGAAGCCUUCAUCUCGUAGUGCGCGCCUUAUUGUCUGGGACGAAACCUGCGUUCCCCCCUCUGCAAUGUCCUGUUGUAGUUCCUCAGCUGUUACCCGGGGGUUUUUCACCACUGUAUGCUUCAAAUACCGGACAGCAGUUGCACACAGCAUCCUCUUUCUACCACGCCCAGGUAGUGUUUCCACUGUGCCUUUAGCUUUAAACUUGCGAAUGAUGCUCCCAACUGUGUCUCUUGGAAUGUGUAAUGUCUUUGCUAUUUUUUAGAUCCAUAUCCUCUCUUUUGAAGAAAAAUUACUUCCUCUCUUGACUUCUUUGACCACUCCCUGGACUUCACCAUGUUGCAAAUACACCAUUGACCAUCUACAAGGAGCUGAGUGUCAGUCUCUUUCAAUCAGUUUAAUUGUUGCUUGUUAUGGUUCUAAUCACAUCUACAGGUGUUUUCAACACCUGAUUGAAAAUAUCUUAUUCAAAUUCUGUUCUUAAGAGUUAUGAUCUUCAAGAGGUUGAAUAAUUUUGUCAAUGAGAUAUUAAGAGAAAUGACACUGUU